GGUCACUCUGCAUCGCCGACAAGCUUCGAACCUGGCCGGAAGAAGAAAAACACCAGCAGCCAACCCUACACACAACCUCGACGGCCCAUCGCCUACCACCACACUCUCCAUUCCUCCUUGGCAUCCUGAGGGUAAAGAGACGGACCUGAGGGGCGGAUUAAAUUGCGCCGUCGGAGAAAAUUUCAGCGGUAGUGGUCGGGUGAUACUGUACUGUGGCAUCGCGAGAACAGGAUGCGCGUGGUACUUGGGCGCGCCGCAUUGUCAAGGCGAUAGGAGCAUCUUCGCCCUCUCCACCACAAGCCAGCUGCCGUCAUGGCCUUCCACUUCAACUGGUCCCCGCUCAUCGCCGACACCGACCGGGUGCGGCAGAUGCUGACCUCCUCCCUCAACAAAUCGCCCAAGCCACCCAUCAUCGUGGAUGACAUCCUCGUCAAUGAGCUGAACCUUGGUCGUACGCCCCCGAGCCUGGAGAUACUCGAGGUCGGAGAUCUGGCGGAGGACCGCUUUCGAGGCAUCUUCAAGGUGCGCUACGAAGGCGAUGCCUAUCUCACGCUCAAGACACGCGUCCAGGCGAAUCCGCUCAACACCUUCCUCAGCACCAAGCCGACAUUCGCCAGCCCCAACCCGUUGGCGGCAGGGAGUGGCUUGACCAUCCCUCUACAGAUCACGCUGUCCGACAUCAGACUGUCCGGGUUUGUGAUACUGGUCUUCAGCAAGCAAAAGGGCAUCACUCUGGUCUUUCGAAACGACCCGCUCGAGAGCUUGAAAGUCUCCAGCACCUUCGACAGCAUCCCCUUUGUGCGCGACUACUUACAAAAGACAAUCGAAGGACAGCUGCGAGUCUUGUUCAUGGAAGAUCUGCCGGCGAUAAUACACCGGCUGUCUUUGCGCGUCUUCGACUCGGAAGGUCGCAGCAUCGGCCCUAGCGGCGACCGAGAAAAGACGGACGAUUUCCUGGCGGCCUCCGAUAUCCCCUCACCGACCACUCACGACCCCUCGGCACCGUCCACGAUGGACGACGGUUCAUCCGCCGAGCCUGUCUUCCCAUUCGAUAUCCCCACGGAAAUGUACGCUACGUUCUCCCAGAAGAAUCUGCUUAGGCUGGCAACGCUCAGUGAAAGCCAACGAACUCUGAGCCUCUUCACCCCUCCCAUCAGAGACGCUGUUUUUCGAGCACGGGCCUGCGCUGCGGAGCGGGACGAGCUGAACGAAGACCAUGCGACUCCACUCCAGAGGCCCACGACCUUGAGCGCACUGCAGUCUACACUGGGCAUAUCUACCAUCAGCGGAUUAUCAUCAGCGUCUUCAUUCGCUUCCGAAGCACCCUCAUAUCUCUCUCGGCCCAGUAUCACGAGUCUCCCGUCCGUGUCCACCACGUAUAGUCUGGGCAGUGGUAGCCGGCGGUCACAUCCCACCCGAAAGCGGAAGAACCGAGUGGUGAAUCUUCGUCGGCACCGUGAUGGUGCUACGGAUGGUGCGUCAGACGGUGUCAGCAUCAGUAGCGGUUACGAGGACUCUGUGAGCAGAAGCGAAAGUGCCAGUGCGUAUGGCUCUACCGCUCCUGUUAGCGCGGAGGAUAGCACCGUUCCAACCAGCGCACCCGCAACGAGUGUACAUCCGAAAGAACGCGAAGGCGAAGUGGACACUCCCCACGUCAGUCCGAAGAAGAAGCGGGAUCUCGAACGAGCGCACAGCACCCUCGACCGGGUGAUAUCAAGUGCGGACGGGCCUGCAGCACUGCGGCCGUCCACCCCUCAGUAUCUUACCAAUCCGCAGAUGCUGGACGAGGAUGACACUCCGCGUGCCUCGAUCUACGUAACUGCCGAGCGUAAUAAGCCGGAUCGGGUGCCGGCAGCAACCACACCAUCGGAAGCCGCCAGGCUGUCCCCACUUCCACGGUCAGCAUCCGAAUUGAGCAUUUCCGACCUUGUCUCGGCCUUUCCAAUGCAUGGCAGCAGUUCUGGAGGCAUUCUGGAGCAAGCGUGGAUGAUGAAAAUGGCGAAUGAAAUUGCCAAGAGAGUGGCGGAGGAGAAGCACCGGCACGGGGCCAAAUGGCAGCAGCCGGAUGCAAGUGGGCAUGGCGAUGCCCCGCCGGCAUACGUGUCGUAGUCGGAUGGGCAGGGAAUACGCAUUGACGUGGGCUCACGUGCCCUCCCUUUCUUAUUGAUAUUUGCGAGCGAAGCAUUUGUGUGGUUCGGCAUAGCGGUAUGACGACGAAUCAAUGAACUACGAUAGCUUAG